GCUCUUUCGGUGCAAGCUCGCCGAAUAUGUAUCUACCACAAGCGCAAACGGAGCUCCUUGGUGUGCUUCUCCGUUUUUUCUAUUCCGUGACGCAAGGACCGAUGCUGUCGGAUACGCCAACAAAACUGACUCGACGGAAACGCUAUUGGGCCCUGUGCAUUGGACAACAUGAAUGGCGUCUGCCUAUGUCAGAAAGCUGCAUCCGCCUGUCAAGAACCCAUACCUACGAGCUAACUCUUGAGCUAUACCAACAUGUCUGUGUACAAGAAGUCUGAUAAUCCUACUACUGCCUUCUUCGUGGAUUUCAUGACGGGUGGUACCGCGGCUGCCAUCUCCAAAACAGCAGCAGCACCAAUUGAGCGUGUCAAGUUAUUGAUACAAAACCAAGGGGCCAUGAUUGCUGCUGGACGACUGGGCCAUCCGUACACUGGUAUCGGCCACUGCUUUAAAAAGACCUACAACACUGAAGGUUUCCUGAGUUUUUGGCGUGGAAACGGGGCGAACGUGAUUCGUUAUUUUCCUACCCAGGCGCUGAACUUCGCUUUCAAGGAUACUUACAAGCAGAAGCUGAACUUCAAAAAAUCGGAAGGCUUUGGUCUUUGGGUCCUAGGAAACAUAGCAAGUGGUGCAGCCGCCGGAGUUACGUCCUCUGUUUUUGUAUAUUCCCUCGAUUAUGCACGUACCCGACUUGCUGCUGAUACCAAAAGUAUUGGCAAAGGCGGAGGACGUCAGUUCACAGGUUUGAUUGAUGUCUAUCGGCAGACAUUGCGCACCGAUGGUGUCUUGGGCUUGUAUCGUGGCUUCAUGCCCAGUAUUGCAGGAAUUAUUGUGUACAGAGGGUUCUAUUUCGGAGGGUACGAUACCAUCAAAGGCACGUUACUUGUUGGGCCCCUCCAGGGAAGCUUCUUGGCUUCGAUGGCGGUGGGAUGGGUCUGCACCUCGGCUGCGGCAACGGCUGCAUACCCUUUGGAUACUAUUCGUCGUAGGAUGAUGAUGACCUCCGGAACUUCCAAACACUACAAGUCUUCGUGGCAUUGUGGUAAAGAGCUUGUCGCAAAAGAAGGUUUCAAGGCUUUGUUUGCGGGGGCUGGAGCUAAUAUCUUACGUGGACUCGCCGGUGCAGGCGCAUUAGCUUUAUACGACAAGUUCCAGGAGAUCGCUUUCGGCAAGGUUUACGCUGCGGGGUCUGGUUAGUUUCGUCAUUGCGUUUACUCGUUACAGCUUUAGACUGGCGUGGCUUUCGAUAUCCCUUCUUGGUCCCGUUGCCUUAUCUUAUUAUUGGUUUCUCCGUCGUACGUUUCAAUCAUAGUCAGACGUCGGUGGACGCUAGUUAUCCGGUUUAGUUACCCUUUGUCUAUUUCCUUUGGACAUCGGCGUUCUGCUAGGUGCCUACACGAGUCCUACUCGGGAUUGUGAUGUAUUUCGUCCAUGCUUUGGUUCGCAACAUGACGAAUUGUCAAUGUGUAUUGCCUAUCCUAUCUU